UGUCGGCCGAGAGGGAGAGCACACGGCUGGACCAGCUGCACGCCUAUCCGCGCAAAAGCCUCCAAAGAUGAACGUGGACGACGUCCGUGUCGGCGGCUACCAGCUGCUCAUGCUCCUGCUGCUGUCCGUCAAUUUCGUCAUCGUGGGCAUGAGCCACGCGCUUAGCAUCUUCUACAAGCACAAGCCCGACUUCCACUGCGAGGACGACGACGUGCUGAACGGCACGUCCAUCUGUACGAGAUCAUCGUGUACCUUCGAUGAUGCAAACAGGACGAGCGUGGCGAGCGACUGGCUAUUGAUAUGCGACCGCGAGCCUCUGCUCCGCGCCUCCGGUGACGUUUAUUUCGGCGGCAUGCUGCUCGGCGCCAUCGUCGCCGGAUUACUCAUGGAUCGCAUCGGCAGACUGCCCGUUUUGGCGAUCUGUCUCUACGCCCAAGGAGCCAUGGCCGUCGCGCUGAACAUCGCCAAGUACUACGAACUGUUCCUGGCGUUCCGCGGCCUGCAAGGCUUCUUCGCUCAGGGCCUCGAGAGCAGCAGCUACGUCCUCGGCAUCGAGCUGUUCCCGAGCAAGCACCGCGCUCUGGUCUCGCUGCUCGUCCUGUCGAUGAGGUCCGUCGGCUUCGCCGCCCUGGCCGGCCUCAACUACGCCGUUCUCGACUGGAGAGUGCUGCAGCUGGUCGUCUCGCUGCCCACCACGCUCACCGUCCUCUACAUCUGGCUCAUUCCCGAGUCGGCGCGCUGGCUGCUGGCGCGCGGCAGGACGAGCCACGCCGAGACGGCCAUCCGCAGGAUCGACGGCUACAACAGCCUGCUCGGAUCGGGCGGGGCAGCGCCGCAGCAGCCGGCGGGGAGGGCGCGCGCCGCCACCGACGACCGCGGCGCCGAGGAGGCGUCGCCCGGGGAGGCCGACAACCUACUCGAGCGCACGGGUGAGCGGCCGCGUCUCGACUUGGCAGCGAACGCCGCGGAGAGGGCCGGUAGCGAGGCCGCCAGCGGGCCGCCCGGCGACGCCGCCGGAGUGCGGACCGCCGACGAGAUCGCAAGCUUGGACGCCCCGAACGACUUGCUGGCGUCGGCGGAGACGCUGUCGACCGAAGUGGCCGGCAGCAAGCACGGCGACGGACGGGGCUCGGGGAGCUGGAUCGCCAGGUUCCUGGAGGCGAGAUUCCUCGGACGCAGCUGCGCGGUGCUCGUGUGCUCGUGGUUCGCUUGCUCGCUGGCCUUCCACGGACUGAUAUCGCUGCCGCCCCGGAUGAAGCUCGACCGGCAUGCCUCUCUGGCCAUCGCCGCUGCAAUGGAGAUCGUCACCUUCUCGCUCGGCUACGCAUUGAUAUCCUCGCGGCUAGGGCGUCGCGCGCCUUUGUGCGUCAGCCAGAUCAUCGCUGCCGUGGUCUGCCUUGUCAUGGCCAUCUUGGCGGCCACACUGUCGGAACCAACUGCCGAGUCGAUUGCUCACGGCAAGGUGGCGCUUUUGAAGAUUGGAGCGAUCGCGAAUAUAAUCUGCUUUUUCGUUCUGCGAAUGUUAACGAUCGAACUGUUCCCUACGAUUUCGAGAGGUACCGUACUUGGAUUGUGCAUCGCUGCGGAGAUGUUUGGUGGUCUUGUUACUCCGUUGAUUUUGAUGCUGAAUAACUGUUUGACUGAAAUGAAGCUGGACAUUUCGAGAAUUGCAAUCGGUAUUUUCUGCAUCUGCGUUGCAUUUUUCACACUAACGUUGCAAGAAACUGCAAAUCUUUGUACUUUACCGGACACCGUGGAAGAUGCGAAAAUAUCUAGUCAAAAAGGCAAUAUGAAUUGUAAUAUCGAGGAAACAGAAGAUGAGCAAUCGGAAGAUCCUGAGAAAUUACGAAAAAAAUUGUUUUCCGAAGAUUGGGUCGAUGCUGGCAACGGUAUAAUCGUCAAUUUUACAGAAAAUAAGACUAUGGAUUGAUU